AUGCUUUUGCGACUGCGCUCAGGUUGGACGCUCGCGCCACAGCCGCCUGCGGACGAUAGAGUGCAGGAUACACUGCCUGAUGCGCUGCACAAGGUGUACCGCUUCAAGAACUUCAGGACUGCUGCGGCGUUUGUGCAGCAGAUUGGAAACGAGUCCGAGACGCAGAAGCACCACCCGGCAAUUUUGCUGGAAUGGGGGAGCGUCGCUGUUUGGUGGUGGAGCCAUGCUUUGGAGGGGCUGCACGAGAAUGACUAUAUCAUGGCGGCUCGCACCGACAAGCUUGCGGAGCAUGCCGAAGGGUACACACCAUAG